UGCUCGCCGAGUGUUGCCAUAUGAUAAAGCUACCAGUGUUUUAGCACGUUUAAUGUAACGUUACUGGCAUUAAUUAACCAGACUAGCAUGCAUCUCGAUCAAGGCAAAAAACGUGCAUCGUGAGGAGUAUCUGGGAGUUUCCGUGAAUUCCAGCGCCGCUAUAAAGCCGAGCGCCGGGACUUUUCCGCAUUUCUGUUCAGACGAUCCGCUGAAGGAUGGCUGCCAUCAAAGCGCUGCAGCAGUGGUGCAAACUCCAGUGCGACGGUUAUCGAGAUGUGAACAUCACCAACAUGACAACUUCGUUCAGGGAUGGACUGGCGUUUUGUGCUCUGAUCCACAAGCACAGACCGGAUCUCAUAAAUUACGACUCCCUGUGCAAGGAAAACGUAUAUGACAACAAUCAUUUGGCCUUCUGCGUGGCGGAGGAGCAGCUGGGCAUCCCGGCGUUGCUGGAUGCCGAGGACAUGGUGGCUUUGAAAAUCCCCGAUCGCCUCAGCAUCCUCACUUAUGUCUCACAGUAUUACAACUACUUCCACGGCCGGUCGCCCAUAGGGGGCUUGGGUGGCAUUAAAAGGGCAGCAGAGGGAUCCAAGGAGGAGCCAUCAGGAAAGAAGAAUCAGCCUGUGGUGGCCAAACCCUUCGCCUCUGUGCCCGCCACGGAGAACCAGCCACCCUCCACUCUGGACAUCUCCAUUACGAAACCUCAGAGACCCUCACCAAAACUUCCCCGAGUCCCCGACCAGAAAAAGGUUCUGGUCGAGACAUCCAAUAAAACUGGCACUCUAAGCAGUACCUGCGUGGUUUGUAAAAACCAUGUCCACUUGGUCCAGCGCCACCUGGUGGAUGGAAAGCUCUUCCACAGGAGCUGCUUCAAGUGUGGCGAAUGCUCCAGCAUCCUCCUUUCUGGGACGUAUAAAGUUGGGCCCAAACCCGGCACCUUCGUCUGCACGACUCACCAGGUCGCCAAGAGUGGGCAGAAGACUGUGCCCUCCCUUGGGGUGGCUCUGCACAGACAUGACCCCAAAGCCGACACCGGCAUCAUCUCCUCGGGGCUCAAAAAUGCGGGCAGUCACGCUCUGCGGUCCACCUCGGCGGUUCCCGGCGGGCCCAUAAACGCGGUCCCGGCCGCGUCUCCCUGGACCCCCUCUGCUGCUAGGACUCAGGCGGCACGUCAGCGCUUCUUCCAGGCCGGCCUGGACCCCCAGCCAGUCUCCCGUGUACUGGCAGCCUCCGACGAGAAAGAUAGAGCCAGGGUGUUGGUGACCAGCAAGCUGACCGAGCUGAACCGCAAUAACAACAACACGGCGUCCAAAGUCGGGCUCUGGAAGGCUGACGGCUGGAGCGGACCUGCCCCAGUUAGUGCCCCCGGUGGGCAGGGAGGCAAGAGCAGUGGUGGCGUGACGAUAGUGGAGCCAAAGACUAGUAACAAGGAGUAUCAGUGCUCCCCCUAUGGGUCUAAAGGGUCCGAUGGGUCGACAUGUCCUUCAGGCUGGAGAGCAAACCUGAAACCUUUGUCUGGCAGACCAGAAACGAACCCUGCAGCUUUUGUCAAAUUCGGCUCCCCGGCCCCCGAGAAGACACCGGCGGGCCUCAGUGACACUGGCAGCGGCCGCCAGGCUCAGCCUGCGGCGACGUUUCCCAAGGCCUUUGGUGAGGCCCAUGCCAGCCCAGGUUUGAAGGCUGUUAAAGGUUCACCUUCCCUAUACAGCCUUAAGCCUGAAAUGGAGUCACCCAAGGACCAGUUGUCGUACAUCUCGAAGGAGGAGAUCCAGCAGGAGCUGAAGGCACUGGAGGACGGCCUGAGCGAGCUGGAGAGGCGGGGCGUGGAGCUGGAGCAGCGUCUGCGGGGUGCUGAAAGAGAAGGACAGGAUGAUGUUUUUGAUGCGUUGAUGGUGGACUGGUUCGCCCUCAUUAGCGAGAAGCAGAGUCAUGUGAGAAAGGAGUCCGAGCUGGUCUACAUUGCGAAAACUCAGGAUUUGGAGGAGCAGCAGCCUGAAGUGGAGGUGCAGCUGCGGAGGCUGAUGGAGAAGCCGAGUCGUCUGAAGACGGCUGCAGAUAACAAACGGGAGGAAGAGCUUAUGGACAAGCUUCUGGAGAUCGUCAACGACAGGAACGCCAUCAUCGAGGGGUUGGAUGAGGACCGGCUGAGGGAGAAGGAUGAGGAUGAGCAGCUCAGCCAGAUGAUGGAGCAGCUUGGCAAGAAGAAAAUCAAAAAGAAGCAAAAGUCUGUGGUUAAGAAGCUUUUCAAAAGGAAGCAGAAAAAGAGAGCAGGAAAGGCCUGCUAACAGGAGGGUCCGUCAGAGGUGAGCCUCCACGUUGGUGCGGGAAGAGAGAAGAGCGCCCUCUUUGGGUGACCGCCCCGCUUGCUUUUUCGCCUGGAUACGCCCACGCUGGUGCGCCGGCGGUCCUGUGAUCUGCUGUAAUUAGGCUGCGUAGGGUAAUCUCACUGUAUUGAUGCGUUGCUGUUCCUGGAUCUGUAGUCAUGGUCUCAUUAUCCUCCACCGUUUGAAACUAAUUCUUUGUUCAAUUGACUGUUACUGUUAUUUCUUUUUCUUUGAAGAUCACGCUGAAAAUGUGGUUUGUGCUUAUUUUCAUACGAAAGUAGUUUUGGUCUAAAUCUUCCCUGUUCUGGGGCUUCUGUUCAGUUUGUGUCCUAUGCUGAUGUUUCAUUUAUAAUUCUGUGUGUGUUUACGCAGCCUGAAACCAGCACCUUUUUAUGACAAAAACACCAUUCGGGUUUUGAUUUUAACAGUUUUAAGACUCGUAUUAAAGUUCAGAGGUAUGUUUCUGUGAAAGGCUUUUAAUGAGGAAUAUUUUAAUGCUCCCCCCGUUUUUGUGCUGAAACUGUCACGGGGGGGCAGUGUGUUAACUGCCCUCCUCUGAGGGACUCCUACACGUUUUGGAGGCUUUUAUUGGAGUAAACAUUUUAAUCUGAGUCCUGCUUCCACUUGGGUGUGUUUGAGAGAAUUUGCAUAUAGUACCUUGUAAUGAUUAUACUGCCGUAAAGUUUUGCCCCUCCCAUAAUAAGGAUUGUGCAUAUGUAAUAUAACUGUCUGCCUGAUUUUACACUAUUCCAUGUUAAUUCAUUACUGCCUUGGCAUGGGAUUAUUUUAAACAUGAUUUGCUCUCCAAUAAAUGCAUUAUUAAUAAAAAAAAA